AUGAUUUUACCAGAGAAAACCGGCCGGAAGAUGGGUGCAGAGGAAGCCGAGCCUCUCUACGCACGCUCGUCCGAAGACGACGAGCUCGAGUCUUUUCAGGAGAAAAAUGUUCGCUCGUCCAGAAGUAAUCGGCUUUUAUUAUACAUCCUUGGAGCACUAGGAUACAUCAUUCUGCUUGGCUUAUACACCAGGCUAUGGAUUCGGUUCAGAGAAUUAGAGGCGGAAGUCCACCAACUGCGGCCGGAGCUUUUCCCAUCUCUCGCGGAAUCCUCUGCUUUUCGCAGAGACAGCCGGGUGUUUUCCUUGACGGUGGCCGAUACUCCGUUUGCGGGAGAUCCGAGUCCAGAGCUCGACAAGGCGUGGCAUGAUCUGCUUGAGGACACUACUAUUCGAGUCGCAAAGGAGGACUUGGACUAUUACAAUGUCACGUCUUUGCCCUUGGCCGACGGCUCGGGAUAUGCCUCGGAGCUCUUUAUGACGCACGAACUGCACUGUCUGAAAAAAGUCCGCCAGUGGAUUUACAAGGAUGCAUACUUUGAUGACGUGCAAGGACUUGCCCGGAACGAACUCAAGCGACACGGCAUCAUGUGCAGAGGCGACGUCUCGCUCGGAACGUAUACUUACAUCUCCGCAGGCACCUCGGUGACGGCUCGCAGCUGGGGUUCUCACCAAUGCGUUGACUUUGAUGCGUUGAUUUCCUGGGCUCGCGAGCGUGCUGUAGACAUCUUUCAGCCAGGAGCUAUUCCGAGUCCUGAGGAGGUUGGGCCAGAGCAUAUCACGCUUAAAAAGGAGCCUCAUUGA